CGCGUUUGCGCGCGUCUAGCGAUUACGUCGCCGUGCGCAAUCCACAACCGCAAUAAAACCAAAUCUAAUACGAAUUCUAAAAACAAAAAUAUCAAAUAUUCAACCCAAACGUGCAUGUGUGUGAAAAUAUAUUCGAAUAUUAUAAUCGGAUGUCCACGGCGUGCGAGGAUAACAAAAGUGAAGAAUAGUCGCGCGUCGCGGUCAGUUUGCGGUUUUCGUAUGCAUGUGAAUGUGUGUGAUGUGAAUGUAAAUUGAUGGCGGGGAGCGCGGAUCGGCGUGGAUCUCUUCUCGGCGCGCGGCGAGCGAAAGAAUAACAAAAACGGGGCGCAGAACAAGAACACAAGCAAGGCGUCUCUGACCACAGUCAAACAGUGAAACAAGGUGUAUAACAAAAUGCCUACCAUCAACUGAAAGUAUUUUUAUUUUUUAAUCAAAAAUGGGUUUCUCAACGACUCUGCAAGGCCGCAGCGCACACGAGGCGCUCUUACUCCGUCAGGAUGCAGAAUUGCGUCUGCUGGAGACGAUGAAGCGCUGCCUCACAUCGAAAGUACGCGCGGAUCGAGAAUACGCGCUGGCGUUGACAGCCGCAGCGGCGCAAGGAGCGAAAGUCGCUGGCGGCGGCGCAAACGACGAUUUGGCUGGAUCCUGCGUGCAAGCAGCAUGGCGCACCAUGAUGGACGAAUUCGAAUGCGCUGGGAAACUACUUCGACAAAACGCGGAUCUCGUAGAGACAAAAACCCUGGAUGCAUUGAAUGCGCUGCAUGCGGAUAAACGUAAAGCGCGCAAGUUUUAUCAGGAGGAGCACACGCGUAUUGCACAACAAUUUACACACUUACAAGAAGAUGUGCAACGCAAAAAGACCGACUACCAGAAAUAUCUGGAAGUCUACAAACAGAUGCGGUCACGCUUCGAGGAGCAUUACGUCAAGUCUGGACGCGGCGGGCGUAAAUUGGACGAGGUGCGCGAUAAAUACCAGAAGGCAUGCAGAAAACUUCACCUCACGCACAAUGAGUACGUGUUGUUGUUGUGUGAGGCGUCCGAGUUUGAAAAGGAUUUCCGGACGGUUCUAUUGCCCGGAUUGCUGGAGCAUCAGCAGAGUGUGCAGGAGAAUUUCGUCGCUGCGUGGAAGGUGAUCCUGCAGGAAGUCGCACAGUAUUCGGACCUUGCCGCGGAGAAGUUUCGCGAGGUUUACAGACGCAUCGAGGGUGGAUUAGAGGCUAUUAAACCCUGUGAUGAGUAUAAUGGCUUCACAGAGAAACACAAAACUGCCCCUUCUGAACCGGUAAAAUUCACGUUUGAUGAAUCACUGGUCGAAGAUUCUGCCGGGAAAUUACUUCCGAAUCAACUGACUGUGGAUAAUUUAACCGUGGAAUGGUUGAGGACGAAACUAGGCGAGUUGGAGAGUAGUUUGAAGGAAAGUCAAGAAAAGAGGGCGCUACUUGUGCCGCAUGAUGGCGCUGCGAUGCAAAACGGCAAAGUUACGACUGACACUUCCACCAUUUCUUCCACGCUUAAUAAUCGGUUAUCUUCAACAUCAGGCAGUGGUCUAGAAGUGAAUAGAAAAGAACUAAACGAAUUGAAAUGCCUGGAAAGAAAGAUGCUAAAACAAACUGAGCUAAUAAAAUCAGCGCUUAAUGAAUUGGGAUGUGAAGAAGUCCCGUCUGGUUUGGAUAUUUCCAUAGAUAACACCGCUGGUUUUAUUAGUAAUCCCACUGAGCAGAUGUCGCUGUCGCCGUUGGCAAGUAAGAAGCAUAAGCACAAGUUUGUCGCGCGGCUGUUUCGCAAGCCGUUUCGUCGGAAGUCGGCGCCAUCAUCGCCGAUAGCGCCACCUAGGACGCGGGUUCGCAGAGGUUCCGCCACGCAGAGCGAGGGCGCUGAUCCUGUGUCUUUAAGUAUAAAUAAACCGCUGGUUGAUGAAGAUUGGUUUCACGGUGUGCUGCCACGCGAAGAAGUUGUCCGAUUAUUGACGCAGGAAGGUGAUUUUCUUGUGCGGGAGACGACGAGGAAUGACGAGUGCCAAACGGUGUUGUCUGUGUGUUGGGGCGGGCAUAAACAUUUCAUUGUUCAAACAACAACAGAAGGACAUUAUCGUUUUGAAGGACCUGCCUUUCCAAGCAUACGUGAACUGAUCCUCUAUCAGUGCGACAGCGGGCUUCCGGUCACCGCACGUUCGGGCGCCAUAUUGUAUAAACCGAUUCCGCGGGAGCGAUGGGAACUGAAUAACGACGAUGUGAUUCUGUUGGAUAAAAUCGGCCGGGGUAACUUUGGCGAUGUCUACAAAGCGCAAUUAAAGAACAGCCAGCAAGAAGUCGCAGUGAAAACAUGCCGCGUCACGCUCCCCGACGAACACAAAAAGAAAUUCCUCCAGGAAGGCCGCAUACUCAAACAAUACGACCAUCCGAACAUCGUGAAACUCAUCGGCAUCUGCGUCCAGAAACAACCCAUCAUGAUCGUCAUGGAGCUUGUGCCCGGCGGAUCACUGCUGACUUUUCUGCGCAAGAAAGCCGCGACUUUAACCGAGUCACAAUUAAUGAAUAUGUGCCUGGACGCGGUCGCCGGCAUGCGGUAUCUGGAGUCAAAGAAUUGCAUUCAUCGUGAUUUAGCUGCGAGAAAUUGUUUAGUUGGUUAUGCCAACGUUGUGAAAAUCUCCGACUUCGGCAUGUCACGAGAAGAAGAAGAAUACAUCGUCUCCGACGGUAUGAAACAAAUACCGAUCAAGUGGACGGCACCAGAGGCUUUAAAUUUCGGAAAAUACACUUCGUUGUGUGACGUGUGGAGUUACGGCAUACUCUGCUGGGAGAUUUUCUCACGUGGAGGCACACCCUACAGCGGAAUGAGCAAUACAAAAGCCCGUGAAAAAAUCGACACAGGUUAUCGAAUGCCAGCGCCUGAAAACACUCCGGAUGAAAUGUAUCGUCUAAUGCUGCGGUGCUGGGAGUAUCAACCCGAGAAACGCCCGAAUUUCGAGCAGAUCAACACCGUUGUCGAUACAUUAUGCGCGGUUUAUCGCUCCAGUCUUAAACAAUACUAACAUAUAACACAACACACACACAAAACACGCAACAAAACAACAAAGGUAAGUUACAUUUUUAACGCGUAGUUUCUUUAAUUAUUAUCGUGUUUUCGAUGUGGUUUCAUUCACAUGUGAAAUUUCUGAUUAUUAUUCCUGUGAUUAUUAUUUAUGCGACUUACGACAAGUGCCUUAAAGUAUAAUUUAUCAAGCUCACAUUGGAAAUGUUUAAGAUAUUUUAAAUUGAACACACGUUUACAUCACUUAACCAUGUGCAAUGUGCAGAUAAUCAAUGUUUUAUUAAAUUAAAUUACAAGUAGA